AUGCAUACCUUGAAAGCAACCGCCGCGUCGUCACUGUCGCUGCCGGCGGAGAACUACAUCUACACGAUUGCGGCCUCGGCACCGGGCAGUUUUGCUGCUAUUAGCUCGGAUGACUCGCUGCGCAUCUUUGACGCUGCUAGUCUCGAUCGCGUCUCGGUGAUCGCCCCGAAGACCCACGAUGCGGGCGUGACUUCGCUGCGGAGCUAUGCGGCGGGUGAGUCGCCGCUUUUGGUGACUGGUGGUAGGGAGGGGAAGGUGAAGCUUUGGGAUGUGAGGGCUGGGAAUGCGGUUUUGGAGGUCGAGACUGCGAGACAUGCCCCGGUGCUUUCGGUGGCUUGCAACUCAGGGACCAACACGAUCGUGGCGGGAACAGAGCUCCUUUCCUCGCAGGCGGUGGUUGCAUUCUGGGAUAUCAGAUCUCCACAGGCACCAAGGCUACAAUACGUAGAAAGCCACAAUGACGAUAUCACCGAGCUUCAAUAUCACCCGACUCGCAGCAACGUCUUACUAUCCGGCAGCACGGACGGCCUAGUCAACGUCUAUGACACCACCAUCACAGACGAAGACGAGGCUCUCGUGCAAGUUAUCAACCACGGCUCCGUCCACCAUGCAGGCUUCCUCUCCGAGCGCACCAUCUACGCACUCAGCCACGACGAGCAAUUCUCCGUACACCCGGCCACCGAUCCCGAUGAUCCUGCACAGGAACCCGAGCCCGUGCAUUUCGACGACGUGCGCGAGCCACUAGGCUGCGAGUAUGUCGUGCAAUUGUGCCUCGGCGCGCAGGGGCCGUACAUUGCCGCUGGUAAUAAGAUUGACAAACGUUUGGAUCUGAUUCCGCUCGUGUCAACCCCGACAUGGCGGUUUGACCAGGACAAUCUCUGGCGUCUACCCGGCGCCCACGGUGACGAGGUCGUACGAUCAGUCUACUUGGAUGAACAGAGCCAAUCCGUCUUUACUUGUGGCGAAGACGGCUUUGUGCGGGCGUGGAAACCCGUUGAUGGGAGCGACGAUGAUGUUCAGAAUCCAGCUGGUUCUGGAAAGAUUUCUCGGCCCAAGGAGAAGAAGAAGGACCGGUUUAAACCGUAUUAG